AAUUUCAAAUAUUGAUCUUUUAAAUAAAAUAUUCCUGAGUCUGAAUAACCCUUCCCUCUAUAGUAUUUUUGAACAAUGGCUCAGAAGACACCGUCCUCUUCUGGAAGCUUAUCCAGAAGCCAAUGCACCCAUCGGCCAUAACAGAGACUCCUACAUGGUUCCUUUUAUACCGCUAUACAGAAAUGGUGAUUUCUUCAUUUCAUCCAAGGAUCUGGGAUAUGACUACAGCUACCUACUGGAUCCAGAUACAGGCUUCUACAGAAACUAUAUUGAGCCCUACUUGGAGCAAGCCACUAGGAUCUGGCCAUGGCUCCUUGGGGCAGCACUGGUGGGAGCCAUUGUUGCUGCAGCUCUGGCAGGGCUCAGCCGUCGGCUGUGCUGUCGCAAGAGGAGGCAGUUCCAGGAAGAAAGGCAACCACUCCUCAUGGAAAAAGAUGAUUACCACAGCUUGCUGUAUCAGAGCCAUGUAUGA